ACACUCCUCUCCUGUACAUACCGAUCACUGUCACACCUCCACACUCCUCUCCUGUACAUACCGAUCACUGUCAUACCUCCUCCACACUCCUCUCCUGUACAUACCGAUCACUGUCAUACCUCCACACUCCUCUCCUGUACAUACCGAUCACUGUCAUACCCCCCACACUCCUCUCCUGUACAUACCGAUCACUGUCACACCUCCACACUCUCUCCUGUACAUACCGAUCACUGUCAUACCUCCCACACUCCUCUCCUGUACAUACCGAUCACUGUCAUACACACUCCUCUCCUGUACAUACCGAUCACUGUCAUACCCCCACACUCCUCUCCUGUACAUACCGAUCACUGUCAUACCUCUGCACUCCUCUCCUGUACAUACCGAUCACUG